AUGCCUCACGACACUAUCAUGACGCGGCGUGAGGACAGCCUGGAUGAGCCCAUAUACGCGCAGUACAGAUUUUCACAAACAGUGCCGUCAGGGCAAGGCAUCGCGUCGCACAUCAGACUCCUGAGUAUAUCGGAAGACAUUCUCGCGACAGUACACGGCGAGCGCGACAUCCUCAUUUGGAACGUCAAGCUCAACUUGCCUCCUCAGCGCAUCGAAAUCGACUUAGUCCUCGACCACAUUACGGGCAUUGCCAUCUCUCCGACAAGUAGCGACGUUCUCGCGCUGUCGUUCCGGUCGGGGUCCAAAUGCGAGGUAUGGACGUUCAACUGGGCAGGCAAAGCCCCUGAGGCAAUGUUCACGACGGGUUUGGACUUCCACUCACCACAAUUUUCGCCUGAUGGUCGUUUACUCGCGUGGAUAUCGGCCGGGUGUGUGGACGUUUGGGAAACAAUCAUCAACACGCACGUCCAGACAAUUAGCGAAAGCAAGAAAGUGACCAGCGGCCGGCCGGUAUCCAAGUUCGCAUUUUCGACGGAUUCAAGUCGACUCGCAACGGUGGAUCGUUCGGGGAGGCUGGUGAGCUGGGACGUCGCAACAUGGACGUAUAUUGGCGAAUCGAAGGCUCAGCCGGCGAUGGACGACGGCGGGUGGGAACCAGUGCAGCUCGUCACAGAUGCCAGACGUGUCAUGAUGGUCUCCCGCGGCGUACCUUAG